UUUCCACCUUCCUCUCUCAUGUUCAGUCGCCUGGGCAUUAUCAACGGCCUUGUUUUGCUGGGUUACUGAGCGCUUGGUAUUCCUUGGCGUGCUUGACACCUACUCGAUGUGGCAGCUCGAUUACGGGUAAAUGCUUGCGCGAUAUGUACCACAAACUUUAUGGGCAGUACAUAAAUCACCCCAUGACUAUCUCCUCUGUGGCAGGGGCUCUUGGGCUUUCGACUGCUGUCCUCGUACCACUGUCCUGCGGGCCGAUUCGAUUUGCGCCCAAGACGUGCUGCAUCUCCAUCCUCACGCUCGUGUCAGCAGCCUGACUUGCUUUGCUGUCUAUUGUCAUGCGUUUCUUUGCAGUACUCGCGGCUACUCUACCGCUGAUACACGCAAUUGAGCCUCCUCGACUUCCGCAUCAACCUCUGGGGAGCUCGAACAGCACCAAACGGCUGAACUACAACCUCACCACCGAUAGCCCAGGUCAAUUUUCAGCACAAACUCGGUCUUUUAGCUGGGUUGGAACUGGCGAGGAUGGCGAUUACAUCUUCGCUGGCGCUGACGGUUCCUUGCUCUUUGAAAAUAUCGCGAGUGGUGAAAGCUCUACGUUCUUGUCGGCUGAUAAGAUCCCAGCCGACUACUGGGAUUUCCAGAUAUCACCCGAUGCGAGCCACGUUCUCUGGGCCGUUAAUUAUACUAAACUGUAUCGACACAGCUACUAUGCCGACUACCUAAUACAAGAUGUCGCGACUGGAGAGGUUACGUCUCUGGACCCUGAGUCCAACGGCACGAUCCAGUAUGCAGAAUGGAGUCCGAUCACAUCUUCCCAGAUCGCGUUCGUGAAGGGCAACGAUCUUCACCUAUGGAACAACGGCAGCAUCAAGCAGAUUACUGAGAAUGGAGGUCCCGACUGGUUCAACGCUGUUCCUGAUUGGGUCUACGAAGAAGAGGUUUUUGGUGACCGCUACACUCUAUGGUAUUCGCCUGACGGUACUCAAAUCGCGUUUCUCAGCUUUAACGAGACCGGGGUUGGCACCUUCACGAUCCCAUACUACAUGUGUGGUGAAGACAUUGCGGAUGUAUACACUUGCGAGCUCGAGCUCCGUUACCCCAAAGUUGGCACCAAGAACCCUACUGUCGGCUUCAAUCUACUGGACGUCGCAUCUGGAGAUUACAAAAGUAUCCCAAUCGACGCGUUCCAAGAAGACAACCUCGUGAUUGGCGAGGUAGUCUGGCUCACUGAAGGCCACAGCCGGGUCGCUUUCCGCGCUUACAACCGUGUUCAAGAUCAAGAGAAAAUAGUUGUUGUGGACGUCGACUCAGGCUCGUCCUCGGUGGUUCGCGAGCGCGACGGCAGCGACGGAUGGCUAGAAAAUCUGCUGAGCAUCAUGUAUCUCGGUGCAAUCGACACUUCUCUUGCAGGUUCCAAUAAUUCGAGCACCGAGUACUACCUCGACCAGUCCGAUGAGGACGGCUGGAAUCACUUGUACUUAGCACCUGUGGCUGGCGGCGACAAGAUACCCCUGACAUCCGGCGAAUGGGAAGUCCUUACUGUGCCCAAGGUAGACGUCACUCGAGGGCUCGUAUACUACACUUCAACCGAGCAUCACAGCACCGAGUCGCAUGUCUACUCAAUAAGCUUCAAAACGAAGGAGAAGAAAGCCCUUGUCGAUGAUACCGUGUCUGCUUUCUGGACAGCAUCUUUCUCUUCCGGUGGAUCCUACUACGUCCUCCGCUAUGGAGGCCCUGAUGUGCCAUAUCAAGAGCUCUAUACGUUCAAUUCUACGGAGCCUGUCCGUACGAUUGUUGACAACAAGGCCCUAUGGAACACGCUUCAAGAAUACAAUCUUCCGAAUAUCACCUACAUGGACAUGGAGCACCCCUCUGGUUACACUCUCGAUGCCAUGCUUCGCCUACCACCCAAUUUCGACCCUACGAAGAAGUAUCCUCUACUUUUGAACCCGUAUGGAGGACCAAAUGCCAAGCAAGUCACUAAGGCCUUCAACGCGCUCAACUGGCAUGCCUACAUAACUUCCGAUCCCGAGCUCGAAUACAUAACGUUUACGGUCGAUAACCGAGGUACCGCCCGUAAGGGUCGUGAAUUUCGUUCGCUCGUGACUAGGAAUUUGGGUGAACUUGAGGCUCUCGAUCAGAUCUGGGCUGCCAAGGAGCUAGCAAAGAACGAGUGGGUUGACAGUGACCAUAUGGGUAUUUUUGGGUGGUCCUACGGCGGUUACCUCAGCUCCAAGGUCGUUGAAGUAAACGACCCUGCCAUUUCCUUCGCUAUGAUCACUGCCCCGGUCAGCGAUUGGCGCUUCUACGACUCCAUCUACACCGAACGCUACAUGAAACUGGCUGAUGAGAACGUGGAAGGAUACAACAAGUCCCGCGUUCACGACGCCACAGGUUUCAAGCAAAUUGCGGGUGGGGUCGUGAUUCAACACGGUACUGGUGAUGAUAAUGUUCACUUCCAAAACUCGGCUGCACUUGUCGAUCUCUUGAUGGGCGCCCGAGUCACUCCCGAGAAGAUGCAAAACACGUUCUUCACCGACAGCGAUCACAGCAUUGUUUACAACAAUGAUGGCAAAUUCUUGUAUAGACAACUCUCCAAGUUUCUCUUUGAGGAGAAGCACAGGGUGGGCAACUCCACCGGCAGUCAUCAGUGGAGUAAGAAGGGCCUGCAGCAGAAGGGUUGGAUUGUCUGAGCUCAGAUGUGUCGAUUGGAUGUGACACUUAGACGAGACGAAUCAUGUAAUGCAUGUCAUCGAUACCGCU